AUGGAUAUUGAUAAAAAGAAUAUUCAAGCUUUUCUAUGGAGGGUUCUUAAUUUUGUAAUAGAAGCUUGUUAUAACAUUGUACAAGCAUAUCCGAAAACUUCUAUUGGAACAAUAACUGUCUUAUUUUUGUAUGUGUUUCUUCCCCUAGUCUUGGUGUUUCUGGUUUGCUGUUUAAUUGCUUGUGGCAUAGGUGUUGUUGUUUAUAGAGUGUACUUUCGUGAUGAUCUUGAAGGAUUUGAUAAGAUUUGGGGAUAUAAAAAAACGGAUGAGAAGUCUCCGAUUACUAGAGAAAAUGAAAUGGGUAAAAAUGUUAUUAGCUUGGGGCAAAGCGAGAAGCCUAGAAGAAGAAAAGUUAAUGAAAAGGAUGGAGAAAGUUAUAAUGCACAAAGAAGCAAUGUGGAGAAAGAUGUUGGACGUCGAGGUGGGACAAAUGAUGAUUUGUUUGAUAAAACUGCGGUGGUAGAGGAAGACUUGAAGGAAAUAAGGGAGGUGAACACACAUCCUGGUAAAAAGAAAGCAAGGCCUCCUUCGCGUCAGACUUCAGAAAUUGUUGCAUCUCCUCCAUUCACUUCUGGUUCUCUGGAAGAGGGUCCAGAUUUUUCUGGUGUUAAAGGGGAAGAUGAAGAUAGUUCAGAUGACUCGGAUGGACACGAGGAUAGGAAUAAGGCUGUAGAAUGGAGUUUUGAUGAUCAAAUGAAUCUCUCACAUGUUGGCAAUAUUGAGAUAGAAAGGAACACAAGGCUGGAGAAUUUGAUUGCAAGACGGAGAGCUAGAAAGUUGUUGGAUAUACAUGUUAGAAAUACAUUAAUGAGACCUGCCACCAGUGACUCUCGGGAUCGUAUUCCUUCCAUAAUAACAGCAAGAAAGAACCAUUUUCUUUCUUCCGGUUCUGAACUGUCACCGAUUCCUGGUUCAGCACCUUCUGUUUUAUUACCAAUGCACAAAAGUCCUUUUGACAUUUCUUUUGACCCAGAAAAGGAGAAGCCCAUUCCUACUGGGGAGAGUUUUGAAAAGGAAAUUCUUGCAGAUCAACAAAAGGAGGCUACAUUUUGCAGACAUGAGAGUUUUGGUCGUAAUACUUUCUCUCCAAUGAAGAAGUCCUUGCAAGAUCGAGCAAAUCAUGAUUUUACAUUUCAUCAUGGGCCUAUUGACAAAAAUGAAAUCUCCAGAGUAGUACAUCAACCAGAAUCUUCUCAUGGAAAUGAGGAAGAUGGGACUGAAGUAAAGCAAAUUGUGCAUGAAAAGAUUAAUGAGAGAUCAAGAUCUUCAUCUUCCUCAGAAGAAGAUAUACCAUUGUCUGGGGCUGACAAAGAUAAACUUUUGAAAUCUCUCUCUUCCCUGGCUCAGAAGGACACAGAUUCAGAAAGAGAUGAAGAAGUUCAUGUUCCAUAUAAUACUGAUAGACUUCUGUAUGAAAAGACUGCAGGCAAUUCCUUUUUCGGUGAGAAGCGCGCGUUGCAUGCUCCUAGCAAUUCUUUAGCCUCAGACCUGCAGGUGGAGGUUUCAGAGGUUGGUUCGCCACAUAGCACCUCAUCAAACGAAAAAUCUAAUAUUUUUGAUGAUUAUGUCAACAAAGAAGUUACAUCUGGCGGUGAAGAUAUGAAUGAAUCAAAUAUGAGGGAAAUAAAUGAAGUGAGUGAGAAAGAUAUCACUGAUGCCGGGGUCUCAAGUACUAACCACAACUUAGAUUCUAAUGCAUCAGACUUGCAACCUGAAAAAGUUGUUCAACAAGAGGAAAGUAGCUCUCACUCGCAACCUUCACACUCAGCUGACAGCAUUCAAGGCCAGACCACUGAUGUUCAGCCAGACCAUCACGCUUCAUCUGAUGCUCCAGAUGCACCUUCAAAAAAUGAUUUAGAAGAUUCAGCAAAAGAAGUGAUAGCUAAUACAUCUACUUUUGAUAAGUUAAAGGAAGCAUAUCCUGAAGAAGUCAAUGUUGUUGAAGAAUCUGUUGUACAUAACAAUGAUGCGAGUGAGAGUUCAAAGUCCCGUGAAGUCAUAGAACCUGAGGCCAUAGCAGGAGUUUCAGCACCAGUUGAGGGAAUCAAUAGUGAAUCCUUAAAAGAAGUUUCUGAUGAAAAAGAUCCAUCCUUGCUACAGGAUAUCCCCACUCAAGAUCGUGAAGAAGGCAAUGCUAGUAGUCAUAAUGACAAAUCAGUGACCAUUGAAAACGAAACACAUUCAAAAUCAGAAUCUGCUAAAGAGUCAGGGAGUGAUGACAAAACCAUUGUUGUUGAAAGUGACUCGACUUUAAUACCAAAUGAAGCAGUCGUUGCUUCAGAACAAGUUGACCUAAAUGGCGAUUCAGGCAAAACUAUGGGUCAUAUGGAAGUUAAGGAACAAUUAGAUCCUCAUCAAGGAGACUUGACCGUAGAAGGCAAUAUCGUUUCCAAUGACAAUGAAACAGCAAAUAGUGCAGCAGAAGAGGACAUAAGACCUGCUAGUGAAGCAACGAAAAAGGAUGACAAUGAAACAAUAAAAAAUAGUGCAGCAGAAGAGACCGCAAGUGAAGCAUCAAAGGAUGACAAUGAAACAGUAAAUAGUGUUCCAGAAGCGAAUGAGAAAGAACCAGCAAGUGUUGAAGAAACAAAGAGUAGGACCUGGAAAUUUUUCUGA